UAGGGAAAUAGUGCCUCACCAAUCUAAUAGCAGAGGAAGGAGGCAGAACAUCUAGGUAGAAAGCGGCGUUAAACCCUAACAUAAAGAAGUGACCUGUGGGGCUGAGAUGCAGCCCGGUGGUGUUAAGGUGGAGUCAGAAAGUCGUAAACUUCGCAGUCAUGAGCUCCAGUCAGGGUUUAUACGAGCAGGGUAGCACAGCAGAAGGCUAAUCAGCCAUGAAGCUCUUCGGGCUGCUGCUCUCGGUUUGGUUCACCCAGGUUUCCAUCGCAGGCGAUAAAAAGUUUAACCCCAUUAUUACUGAAGAGAAGUUGCUAUGGGUGGGCAGCGGAGCUGGAGAAGUGCACACAUACCGCAUCCCCCUGCUGACCUUCACCACCCGCGGAAGCCUGCUGGCAUUCGCUGAGGGCCGGAAGACAUCCAGCGGUGACAUGGAAGCCAAAUUUAUAGCCCUGAGACGUUCCACAGACAGAGGAGCUACAUGGUCUCCCACGUCCUUCGUAGUAGAUGAUGGGAUUCAUACAGAUGGGUCAAACUUGGGCUCUAUUGUUGUGGAUGAAGACACAGGCGCUCUAAUAUUGAUCUACUCUCUGUGCUUCUACCGCUACCACUGCAGCCCCCCCAGCACCCUGCUGGUGGAGAGCCUGGAUGAUGGUCUGACUUGGAGCGCUCCUCGCAACCUCUCUGUGCAGCUGGGGGUCAAGAGCUUCAUUCCAGGGCCUGGCUUCGGCAUUCAGAAACGAUAUCCACCUGCUAAAGGCCGUCUAGUGGUGUGUGGUCAUGGCACUAUUGAGGGUGAUGGCGUUUUUUGCAUCCUGAGCGAUGAUCAUGGGCGAACGUGGAGAAACGGAGCUGCGCUUAAGAGUAUCCCCUACAACCAGCCCAAACAGAGCCUGGACUUCAACCCGGACGAGUGUCAGCCGGUGGAACUUCAGGACGGAAGUAUACUCAUCAGUGUGCGAAACCAGAACAACUACCACUGCCGCUGCCGGAUGGUGGUGCGGAGUCUGGACGGGGGCGAUUCACUGCCUCUGGAGGAGCUGGUGUUUGACCACACGCUGGUGGAUCCCGUGGUAGCAGCUGGAGCUCUACAGAAAGAUGGAGUGCUAUACUUCAGCAACCCAGCCAGCUGCCAACAAAGGGUCAAUCUGACUCUCCGCUGGUCUCUGACUGAUGGUAAGUCAUGGGAAAAUGAAGUAUUACAGAUUUGGCCAGGGCCGAGCGGCUAUUCCUCUUUAACAUCGCUCAGAGGAGACCAACCUGAGGAUGAGAAACACAUCUUCAUCAUCUAUGAGAAAGGUCGUAAGGACUAUUUUGAGACCAUCUCUUUUGCCAAAAUUAACCUCUAUGGAGGAUUAUAGAAAGAGAGGGGGGAUAGGUUUUAUUUUUUUGGAAAAAUACUGUAAAGAGCAAAGGGAAAUUGCACCACGAAUUGCAGAUGGAGUCAUUUUUUCCGCUCACUUUCACCUUUCAGUCAACAACUUUUCAGCGUUUGCAAGUUAAAAGGAAAUUGCACCACUUUUUUUUCUCUCAUCUAUUGCUUAUUUACAUGACCAAAGUGUAAACAAAGUCAUUUUGUCUGAUGUGAAAUGCUCUGCUGUAGAGAAACUUACCGCUUCAGAAUAGUUCACAGUGGUGGUGAUGGGAACCAAACGUCUGAGGAUUUUACUACCUGUAAAAGCUCCUUCACAGAAAGUUAUUACAUUAAAUUGUUAUUAAUUCGCUGCUUGAUGCCUGAGACAGUUGUUUUAUUAUUUUUAAGAAGCUUUUCACCUAAAACAUUAGAUUUUUAAAUCAAUUAAAGGCAUAGAGGAAACAAGUCCCAAAGAAAAGUUUCUUUUUUUUUCUUUUCACAUUUAUCACUUUUA